GCAACGACAGCAGUUCAGGAAAAAUUGCUGCCGAAGUGAUUCCCGCUUGUAACGGUGCUCAGCUUCAUCCACAGUCACAAUCACCGAUUCCACUGGCCCUAGUGUGAGCGGUGGUCCACCACCUUUUUGUGUGUGUAUAACGAGGUUCUUGGUGCCAGUGUCUGGGUCUAUUGAAUCUACAGCACGUAUUGCGUCACUGCACACUUAGUUGAGCACUUUUGAGGACGCUUUGUUUGCACAGGGCAAUCAACAAACGCAGAAUGAGUCACAAUUGCAAAGGGCUCUUGCUGGCCAUGAUCGUGGCAUGGUCGACUUUGCUGCCAAAUUUAGUGAGUGGCACCACAGAGCUGCAGGAGACGCCACUGGCUCUGCCCGUGGCCGAGUUCACCAAGCCGACAGCGGCGACACAAGGUGAGAUUUGGGAGGAAGAUGAUCACGAGGUCUUAAUACGCAACGAACGCGGCACAAAGAGCGAUGGCCUCUCAUGUCGCUAUGGCAAAAAUCCAUGGACUGAAUGCGAUACCAAGACCAAUACACGCUCACGAACUUUGACAUUGAAAAAGGGCGAUCCGGCUUGCGAUCAAACUCGCACUAUUCAAAAGAAGUGCAAAAAGGCGUGUCGAUAUGAAAAGGGUUCUUGGUCUGAGUGUGUCACAGGCCAAAUGACCAGAGCCGAUAAAUUGAAGGCCACGAGUGAUCCAUCAUGCGAGUCAACACGCAUCAUCAAGAAGAACUGCAAGCCCGGCAAGUCCAAGGACAAGAGUGCCAAGGAACAGCGCAAGAAUAAGGAUAAAGCUGCUCGAAAAGGACGUGUUUAAGUGAACUCUGGUAGCAUAUUUUACGGAUUUUUUUAAAGUCAAAUAUAAGAUUAUUUCCCAGAAACUCUCGUUUAUCAAAAAUAUAUAUGAACUCUAAAUAAAACCGUAAAAAAUAAACCUACAUAACCGUAAACAUUAUAUUUGAAUACAUAAAUAAAUUUGUAGAUUUGUUUUACAACAAAAAGAAAAA